UAGGCAGUGCCUCACCCACGUGGGAUCCGCAUUGCAAUGAGUUGUAUCGUACUCUUUCAGAACUGUGCGAAGCGGAAAACGCCGAGUCCUAGAUUCUUACCGUUAUCAGUCGAGCUGCAAGCUAGAAUUUUCUCUACACAAAAAUUGUCACACACAACUAAUAACAAUAGGUUGGACAAGGCAUUACGAGUUCUAGAUAUCAUUUCUCCAAAAGAAAAUUCUUCCGUAAGUCGUCAAAGUCAUCUUCGACUCGUUCAGGAAUUUUUACGAACGAACUCAGAUCAAUUGAAUCGACAACGGGUUCCUGAUGACUUCGCUUGUUCAAACUCAACAAAGGGUGUUCCAGACAUGCUUGAUGGGGUCGUUGGAUCGGAUUUCUUGAAUAAGGAGAAUCCUGUUAGUGUGCUUCUUUGGUUACACAGCGAAGGAUCGAGAUUUGAUGCGAAUGCUCUGUCUCGUGCUGUGAGCUCAUGUGGGUCGGUUCGGAGUUCCUGCUUUGGUGUUCAAGUUCAUUGCUUAGCAUUAAGAACUGGGUUUGUGUUCAACGUGUAUGUUGGGAGUGCUUUGAUCAGUUUGUAUUGUAAAUGUGGUAAGUUGGAGGAUGCGCAACGCAUGUUUGAGGAAAUGCCUGUGAGAAAUAUAGUGUCAUGGACUGCCAUAAUUUCUGGGUUUGCCCAGGAAUGGCAGGUUGAUGUGUGCUUGGAGCUUUACCAUCGGAUGAGAAAUUCAACAUUAAAGCCCAACGAUUUUACGUUCACAAGUCUUCUGAGUGCCUGCACGGGAAGUGGGUCUCUUUGGCAGGGAAAAACUGCCCACUGUCAGACAAUUCAAAUGGGAUUUGAUUCAUAUACUCACAUUGCUAAUGCUCUCAUCUCAAUGUAUUGCAAAUGUGGAGAUGUCAGACAUGCAUUUUCCAUAUUUGAGAAGCUGCCCUGUAAGGAUAUAGUUUCAUGGAACUCCAUGAUUGCUGGGUAUGCCCUGUAUGGACUUGCAGUGCAGGCAAUUGAUCUAUUUGAAGAGAUGAAGAAGGAAAGAGUGAAACCAGAUGCCAUUAGUUUUCUUGGUAUUCUCUCCUCGUGCCGGCAUGCAGGCCUUGUGAAACAAGGCCGGAAUUACUUCAAUUUAAUGGUUGAACAUGGUGUGGAACCAGAAUUAGACCAUUAUUCCUGCAUUGUGGAUCUUCUUGGUCGGGCGGGGUGUUUGCAAGAGUCUCUAGAUUUCAUUGAGAAAAUGCCUAUUUAUCCCAACGCCAUUACCUGGGGCUCCCUGCUUUCUUCCUCACGGCUUCAUGGAAAUGUUUGGAUUGGAAUCAAGGCUGCGGAGAGUAGGCUUUUACUGGAACCAGACUGUGCUUCUACUCAUGUUCAAUUGGCAAAUCUGUAUGCCAGUGCGGGGUGCUGGGAUCAGGCUGCAAGGGUGCGUAAAAUGAUGAAAGAUAAAGGGCUGAAAACAGAUCCAGGGUACAGCUGGAUUGAAGUUAAGAGAGAGAUUCAUAGAUUUAGAGCAAACGACCCAUCAAACUACAAAAUGAUUGAGAUUCUUACAGUGUUGGAUGGUUUGUUAGACCACAUGAGAAGAUUAGGCUUUGUGCCUGGCAUACAGGGUGAAGGGGUUGGUGAUGAUUUCUAUGCAGUUAUAUAAGUUGUAAACGACUUUUGUGAAUAUCUAUAUGCUGAAUUUAAGCUGCAAAAUGUUCUCAGAAGUGUAAUCAUACAAAAACCUGUUCAGACAGUGGCAAAGGAUGUCACACUCAUACCCUAAGGAAGGAUAAUUAGCUGUUUCUUUGCAA